UCGCGCGACGACGAACUGACGACGCGGGCGAACGAGGGAGGUCCAGCCUCCGAGAAUGCUCAGAGCUCAGAGUGUUCACCGACUUCACCGCGUUCGCAUCCUUUAUUACUCAUAAACAUUCCGCGAAAAAAUAUUCAAAUUACUUUUUGUCAUCCCAUUCAUCCCAUCCGACAUUUAAAUUUGAAAAAAAAUUUUUUUUAAAUAAUAAUAAAUUGUCAUUCCUCGUAAGCGGUAAUAAAAAUUUCAGUCAUAAAUUGUAAAGGAUAAUUUUAAAAAAAAAUCUCAAGACAGUGGAAUGAAGUUGUGACGUUUCAAAUUUAUUGUGACGUUAAAGGAAAAUAUUUUGCGGGUGAAGAAUGAGUGAUGAGGUGAAUGGAAAUUCAGGGAUUUUCUUUCAGUGACAUUUGUCAAGUGAAGGGAUUUAUUUGAAUUGCUAAAUUGAUUUUAUAUAUAUAUAUAAUAAUAAUAUAUAAAGCUUGUGAUCAAUAAGCAUUCAAAUUUUGAAAUAAGAAAUUAUAAAAUUCCUUAAGUAAAUAAAUUAAAAAAAAAAAAAGUGACAAUGAAGUGGUGUAUGGUAAUAUUAUUUUUUAUUUCUUCCACGUGGGCGAGUAAUUCAAUAGACUCGUGGAAUUCACCACCAAAUUGCGCUUCCCUAAAGGCCCAGCAAGACUUUGAUCUCGACAAGAUAAUGGGCAAGUGGUACGUAGUAGAAAUUUUGGAACACAAGCCGAUACCAGAGCAGGAAAUUGGCUCGAAGCUCGUGAUCGAUAGAUGUCCGAUAAUCAGGCUUCGAUUCGACGAGCGAGGUCUUAUCAGGCUGCUGUGGAGUGAGGAAAAAGGUCAACUCGAGUACACCUUCAGCCUCCCGAAUUCAAAAAUAAGCGGAGUUUGGAAUUCAGCUGCUAAACAAAAUGGAUCACUGAUCGGAAAAACUUACACUCAAUUCGAGGGGUCAGUCCUCGUGAUGAAAGCCGUUGCGCAGCAUGUACUCUUGACAUUUUGUUCGGAAAACAUUGACUACCAGUUAUACUCUAUUUUAAUGGGUCGUCAGCACAUUCUCGAGAAGAGCAGCAUCACAGGCAUUCACAACCUGUUGAAAAGACGUACGCUACACAUUUCAAGUACCAGAUCAACCUGCGCAAAAGGUCGAGGAUCAGCCGUCUCUCCUGCCAAUGCAUUCAAAACCACCCUCAUUUUAUACAUUUUGUUUACCGUUAGCUCUUUUAUAUCAAACCCCGAACGCCAUUGAAUCCGCGGUAUUGAAAAUUAGAUAAAAUUUUAACUUAUGCGUACAUAUAAAGUCAACUAGUCCGUAAGAUAAUUAAUCUUACAAUAAUUAUUUUAAAAAAAUAAAUAACAAGCGGUCAAAGGCCUUUUUGGAAAAGGUACUGGACUCUGGAUCUCACAGGUUUGAAUCCACCUUAAACACAGCUAUGUGUAAUAAAUUUAUUAAUAUAUUAAUAUAUGUUAUAUUAUAAAUAUGUAUUAAAUUAAAUUAAUUUAAAUUAUAAUUAAUAAUAAUACUUUAGCUAAAUAAUAUUUGCACAUCUUAUGUGCAAAUGCUCGAUGUUACAAUAUUAUUGACGUAUAUAUAAUAUAUAUAUAUAUUAUUUAUUAUAGUAUAUAUAUGUACAAAUAAGAUGAUAAUAAAAAAUGACUGAGACGUUUAUUUAUUAUUUUUU